CAGUCGUCGUUUCUUCCGACACCAAUGAUGGAGGCGAAUGUUUUGAUGGAAUCUUGGGACUAAUGAGCUCAGCUUGUUGGCGUAGCUACACACUCUACUACCGCAUUGUGGUUUAAAACAACACAGCAGCUGCACCAACCGAUGCCGUUUUCUGUGCAGCAAUAGUUUAAUUUAGUUCGUCUGAGGAGGAAACGCUCAGUUCGCUGACACCGUUUGCUGCGGUGGCCUAGCUAACAGCAGCUAGCUCUGUGAAGUUGGACUCUUUUCAGUCACUCAGAGAACUGUGAGGCCUACUUGUGACGUGCCGUGUUUUUUUCACUUUUUUAAAAUCACAUUACAGCUUCUCCUGGAAUGACUUUUUUUUCUCUGUGACUGUGGUGAUCAGAGAUUAUCUUAAGUCAGCUCGUCGGAUAGCUAGUGGGAGUGAGAUCUCAUCAGGGAGAAGUGGGUCUCCAUGUCCACGAGUCUCUACAGAUUACUAAUCAUUAAUAACAUCAGCAAACAUGUCUUUGGUCGCCUAUGGCAGCAGUGAUGACAGUGAUUCAGAGGAAACCAAACCGGCCGCAGGACUCUUCUCUGUCCUGCCAGCUCCCAAAAAAUCAGCAUCAGCUGGUGGGAACGAUGGACCGAGUAGGGAGAGAAAAUCAAACUAUUCAGCAGGAGAAAGCACAUCAGCGGAUGACUUAGAUCCUCCUCCAGCUAAGGGAGGCUUAUUCUCCAGUUUGCCUAAACCGAGGAAACGAACAGAGCCGGUCAGAAUCACUGUACCACAGAUCCAGAGACAGGAUUCAGACUCGGAUGAUGAUGAACCAGCAAAGAAGAGACAACCUCAGGGUGCAGGUUCAGGACUGUCCUCUCUACUGCCACAACCCAAGAACCUGACAGUGAAGGAGAAAGACAGACCUCUGAUUCCUCAUGCACUCACCAAACGACAAGAACCUAAAGGGCCUAAACCUGGAACUCCUGCUCAGGGUCUGCUUGGUUCUAGUGCGUCUCCCUCUGCCAUCAAAGCUGCGGCAAAGUCAGCAGCCCUGCAGCUGGCUAGGCAUAUAGCCACAGACGACCAGGACAACGAGGACGACAUAACCCCACAGAACUACUUUUCCCUGGGCGAGAGCUCCCAGCCUCUCCCUGCUGUUGUCCCCAGCUUAGAGCCUGAGCCUGGAGCCCCCUCAGAGCCUCUUCCUGUCACAGAUGCUGACGAGCCUGGACAGUCAGACGCUCCUCUCGACUUUGGGGGGAACCAUGAGGCAGCUGGUGGAUGGGGAGGUCAAUAUCAGCAGUAUCAACAACCCAUAGCAGGCCCAGAGGCUUUCCCUCAGGGAUACUAUAAUGAGCCAUACUACCAAGAUCCCAACCCUGGAUCUGCAGAGGCUGAGGAGCCUGGUCACUCCGCCAUGUUUGAUGACGAAGCGUUCAUGCGGCUGCAGGGGAAGAGAAACCGAGGCAAAGAGGAGGUGAAGUUUCUGGAGAUCAAAGGGGAUGAUCAGCUGAGUGGGAACCAGCAGUGGAUGACCAAGAGCAUGACGGAGGAAAAACAGAACCGCCAGUCCUUUAGCAAGAAAAAAGGAGAGCAACCUACAGGACAACAGCGACGCAAGCAUCAGAUAACGUAUCUCAUUCAUCAGGCGAAGGAACGUGAGCUGGAGCUGAAGAACAGUUGGGCAGAUAACAAGCUAACCCGCCGGCAGACCCAGGCCAAAUACGGUUUCUAGAUGUCAUAACUGUGGACUUACUGGUGGCAAACAGAAGCAACACGUUAGAGUAGAACUUCCCAGAUUUACCGACACAAAGGGAAAAAUCGGAACAAAAGUACCCAAAUCUCAAUCCAGAUUUUUCUUCCUCCCCUCCAUCCUGUAUUUGUGUUGAAUAUUCAGUCGUUCCUUUUGCUCCUUUGUUAAGACGUCACUCUAAAAUCUUAAAUCCUGUCAGCCCCGAUUCUCUCCUCUCAGUCAUUUACAGCAAACAUAGGCACAGUACCUUCAUUGCAAUGUAACAGUAUUUUUAAGGAUAAUCCGUGGCAGAAAAGAUGCAACGUGACCCUGAAGUGGCUGUUAUAAAUGUUUUCCCUUUGAAUGUGUAUGCUUCCUUUUCAUGGUGUACUUCGAGGUGUGAUCUUUGUUUUGUGGUCAAAAACAUGAAUCUACAAAAAGGUCUGGUUCUCUGGGAAUUAUUCAGUGAGAAAUGAGCCGAAGCAUAAGAAAGCUGUUACAUAUUCAUAUGUUGAAUUAACAACUUUGUCAUAAAUGUUGUUAGAAUAAGUACGUUGCAGUAGCUCGAUAGAGAUAAAAAGUUUUUUUUCCAGAUCUUGGUUUAUUUUCACUUCUUACAGCUGAAAACUGAAUUGCCAGAGAACCAAACAUGGGCUUUAUUUUCAGCUGGUUCUUUAGCUGCGUUCAAGAUCAGAAAUGGAUCUGAUGUUUAACAUUAAAUAGAAACUUUACCUUAGUUUUACCUCCUAAAUAACUGAACAAUUACCUGUUAGACACAGAGAAAGCUCAUUUCAAGUUGAUAUUUUAUUCUCUGGGUGUGCUAGAGUUUUACUGUAUUUUCUUUUGAAUACUCCACUUCGACUUCUGUAUGUCUGAUUUAUUAUCUACUGUUUUGGCUGCACAAAGUGUUAUUAGGAGAAUAAAGCAAUGAAGCGUG